AUGGGCCCGGACGAAGGUCCUGGCUCGAAAACGCGAGCAGAGGCUGCCGUGUGGGGCCACGGCGAGCCUCGGGCGAGAAAGACAGCUCUCGAGGCCAUCCAGGGCCGUGUCGGCAGCCUUGCCGAUAUGGCAUCGAGCACCGCCCCGUCGGCGCCCGGAUGCAUCUCGUGGUGCAGCCUGACCGAAAUCACAGACUUCCUCGAGCGGCUGCCCAUAGUGCACGACACGAGUUCGCGGUGGUACUCGUGGCUACAACGAGUCUACGGCGGCAAAGUGCCGCUUCCGCUCGACUUGCAGUCGCUCGGCGUCUUCACGAUGCCGACUAAAAUGGCCAGUGCCACCUUCUUCAACCGGGCCUGUGAUGGCCGCCCUGCGCCGGCGCCUGCGCUGUGCACGCAGUGGCUAGCUGAGCGACGUCGGCGUGAAGUGCGCACUUUGCGGCUGCCACGCGGCCUCAGCAAGGACCACGAGCGCUCGGCUCGUGCCACAGCUUGGACGAUGAGUCCGGCUGAUGCAAAGAGGGCCGGCCUUGAGACUUUUACGACGGUCAGGCUGCUCACCCUGCGAGAUGGCUCGGUCGUCCGCUUCUUCUUUGAUUCGAGCCACGUCGGCAUAUACCGCACACCAAACAUGCUUGCGCCGCCGCCGCCGUCUCCGAACGGUAGCUGGAUCGAGGUGCUCCGUGAGCCGGCGCCGGAGGCUGCUGGCUACGGGUGCUGGUUCUACCCGCUCGUCAAGCCGUUCAGCCGCGGGAGUGGAGUGUUUGUCAACCUCGGCCGGACCCUUGCCUUUCCCAGCCGCGCAGUGGCCAUGAGGACGCUCAAGGUGCCGGGCUCGAGGGACGACGAGUUUUGGGCACGGGAGGCGGCGAGGCGCGGCUACGACUCCAUCCAGCUCCAGCGAGGUCCCUUUGGACCGCCGGAGAUCGUCAUCACCACCGGCGAGUGCAUCGGCGAGGCGCGACUGCCGACACACACCGCCUGCCCGCUGCCGGUCGAAUGGACGAUGCGGCAGCCGUGCGCAGCGCCGGCGGUGUCGCCGACCAAUCGCGUCACAGUUCGAACGGCCGAGGCAGAGGGCGAACGCGAGGCGCGGCACAGAGAGGCGGUGCGCUGGCUCUCGGACCUCCCUGCCGACGUCUGCGUGCUUGUCUGCACCGCCGCGCCGGAGAGGGCUUCCGCGCGGACCCUGUCCCCCUCGCCUCGCGUGGCCGCGUUUGUGGUUCGCAACACGAUUCGCGAGGCGUCUUGCUACCUGCGCGUGCUGGGCGACCUCUUCAGUCUCCCGGCGGAGAAACUGCCGCCGAUGCUGGUGGCGACGCAGGCGCACCCACACUGCCGCGACCCGGCAACCAAUGGAGGUCCGCUCUGCGUAGCAGAGCUGCAGCAGCAGCUCGCAAACACCAGCGAGGCGCGCGCGCGAGGAGGGAGCCUUGCUGCACACGGCGUGAGCGUAUGCCCCUCCCCCCAAAAGGCGUCGCUCGAGGCCCGAGGAGGCUUCUCCAUCAUUGGAUCGCUGCGUCCGGACUCGCGUUUCUCGGACGACGUCUUCGGCGCCGGCGCGAGUACGCACUGGCGCACGUGCGUGCAGCGGCAUGUCGCCCAGAUGGCCGGGGUGGAGGAGGGCGGCGCGCUGGCGCUGCUGCAGGCGUUGCGUCGCUCCGCCAUUUUCCAGAUCGGCGCGCAGUGGAUCGCUUCCAAGGGAGCCAUCCUGAGGCUGCGUCGCUGCGGGGCGUUGCAGUCGUGGAUCGCCAACAUCCGAGCCGCGGCUGCUGCCGCCAACGCCGAGCCCAGCGAUGCGCCAGGGUACAGCUUUUCCGCGUGCUGCGACGCGCCGCCGAGCGGCAACGCUCUCUUCCACCUCGCCGCCCUCGCGACCGAAGAGGAGGGCGAGCAUGGGUGCGCGGCAGACAGUAGGGGCUUGGCGCCGCUGCUGGGCCGGCGGUCCGUGCGGUGGGCGCAGCUGAGCAAGGCGGCCGACGGGUUCGGGGCGGCCGCGCGGGAGGCGGCCGUGGCGGAGGCGUGGGCGCUCGAGGAGCUGCAGCAGCUGGCCGGCGGCGCCCGCGAUGCGGCGCGACUGCUUCCCAAGUGGGCGGCCGCUGAGCGUGAGGGCUUGCGGGCCCACCUCUCGUCGCCCCUCUGCCGUAAACCGCCGGCCGGGCUGUGCCCCCGCGUCGACGGGGCCGGCCGAGCGCUCACCCUUAAGGAGCUUCAGGCGCUCGCCACGGCCGCGACCGCCGCGCGCCGGCGCGUCGCGCAGCUGGACGCGGCGCAGCGAGCGCGGCUCGACGGGCUGCUCCGGGACCGCCAGCCCUUGCUGCCGACGGGCGCCGCGCAGAUUGGGUCUGGCGGGCCCUCGCCGGCGGGAUUGGCCAAGAGGCUGGGAGCACUGGCGGCGGAAGUGCGACACUAG